AUGAAGUUUGGGAAGAGUAUUUGCAUCCUGAACGUGGGAGGCACAAAAUACGCCUUCCCCAAGGAUGUAAUAAAAGAUUUUCCUCUGAGGAGGGUCAGUCGGUUGCACAACUGUGCUUCAGAGAAAGAGGUACUGGAAGUCUGUGAUGAUUACGACCGGGAGAGAAACGAAUUUUUCUUUGAUAGGCAUUCGGAAGCCUUUGUGUUUAUCAUGCUGUACGUAAAGUCAGGCAAGCUGAGAUUCGUGCCGCAGAUGUGUGAGCUGUCCUUCUACAACGAAAUGAUAUACUGGGGACUUGAGAGCUCGCAUUUGGAGUUUUGCUGUCAGCGUCGCCUGGACGAUAGGAUGUCCGACACUUACACCUACUUUUCAGAGGAGGAUAUCAAAACCGAGCAGGAGUUGAGAGACGACGAUGAUCUGGAUAAUUCAACAGGCACUGAAAGAGGCAGUGCGAAGUGGCUGGAGAGGAUGCGGAGAACUUUCGAGGAGCCCACGUCGUCUGUGGCCGCACAGAUACUGGCAUCUGUCUCCGUCAUUUUUGUGAUAAUGUCCAUGGUGAUAUUGUGUGCAAGUACACUACCGGACUGGGACACUGCCAAGAACAACAGCGCCGAGGAGCACAGGAUCAUCGAGGCAGUGUGCAUCGGCUGGUUCACGGCGGAGUGCAUCGUCCGCUUCAUAGUGUCCAGGGACAAGUGCGAGUUCGUGCGGCGGCCGCUCAACAUCAUCGACCUGCUGGCCAUCACGCCCUACUACGUCUCCGUGGUGAUGACCGUGCUGACGGGCGAGAACCCGCAGCUGCAGCGGGCCGGCGUCACCCUGCGCGUGCUGCGCAUGAUGCGCAUCUUCUGGCUGAUCAAGCUGGCCCGCCACUUCCUGGGCCUGCAGACGUUGGGCCUGACGCUGAAGAGGUGCUACCGCGAGAUGGUCAUGCUGCUGGUGUUCGUCUGCGUGGCCAUGGCCAUCUUCAGCGCCCUGGCCCAGCUGCUGGAGCACGGCCUGGACCUGGAGGCCAGCAAUGAGGACUACGCCAGCAUCCCGGCCGCCUGCUGGUGGGUUAUUAUCUCCAUGACGACCGUCGGCUAUGGAGACAUGUACCCCAUCACCAUGCCCGGCCGGGUGCUUGGCGGCGUGUGCGUGGUCAGCGGCAUCGUCCUGCUGGCGCUGCCCAUCACCUUCAUCUACCACAGCUUCGUGCAGUGUUACCACGAGCUACGGUUUCGCUCCAACCGCUGCACGCGGAGCCUCUCGGCCGAGUUCCUCGACUGACUGGCCCCGGCUCCGUACACCCUGUUCUCUAAUGCCCCUCUCUGCCUGUUCCGCUAAUUCUUUACUCUACUUAUUCCUAUAAGAUUUGGACUUUUGGAUAGACUAUGGAUCUAUUUAUAACUGAACAUUUCUCAGCUGAAACUCUUCCUCCUCCAAACAUACGCUCAGGAUUUUUUGUCCCCUUGCAGCAGGUUACCUCCAUCAUGGGCAGGUGGAAAUGUUCUUAUGCUUGUUCUCUGCCUGUCCUACUACUGUAAGAUAACUGAAUGGAUUCGAUGAUUAUGUAAAGUCAUUGCUUUGUGCACCCAGCAGAAUUCUUUAGAUUUCUUGACUGCUGCAUAUUUUGGAUGAGUUUAGAAACUCUAUCAGAAACCAGUCCUGUUCCUUUAGGGUCUAUGGAUGAGGUGGGUGGGCAUGACUGACCAAAGAAAGGAUAAAACAACAAUUGCUCAGAACCUUUCAUCAUUGCAGGCCAGUCUGUGUCUACUGUUAUAUUGCUAGUAGUAGAGUAGUAGAGCCACACUGAGAAAAGCACUUAGAACAAAUACUGAGCCUCCUUCAAAGCCUUACACAAUAUGUUGUACUGACCUCCCUUACAGAUGGUUGCCAGUCACAUAAAAUCUGCUUCUUGAGCUCCAUUUUGUUUCUAGCAGGACCAUUGCCAUCACUAGGAGUUGCAUUGCCUUUUGGAACACAAAAGGGUGCUAUGUUAACAAUAGUAAAACAAUAUUAUUAUUUUUUUUAAAGAUUAUAUCUUUACCCCCUUCUUUGCACUUGGACCUGUAAAAUUGUGAACUGACAAAAAAUCUUGAAAAACUGAUUUUCAUGUUAACGGCUAUGGAUGAAUAGCAAGUUGUUUUAAGUGGGCAUUGGUCAUUGUAAAUUACUGGGAGCUGGUUGGGUCAAGUGAGGCUGGAUUUUACAAGAUCAACUUUGCUUCACCAAGUGAUUCAGAAGAAUCAUAGAUAAAUCCAAAGUUUGCACAGUAUUAAACUGCAUUAACCGAUUCUCAGAGAUUUGUCCAACAAACAGUUUUCUUGUGAUAUUUCCUGUGGGGGGAUGGGGGUGUUUCUGAAAUGGACAAAUGGUACCGCCAUCUGCUAAACAUGGUCCGAAUCCUCAUAUGCACCUUCUAAGCGAGACUGUUUGAUUCUGUACUCAAUCUGUCAGUCAUUGAGACUACACCAACUGUUCUGUGUAGCUUCUGAGUAGGAAGCAUCAAAGAUGCAUAUUUACAUAAGAUUAGAUCUCCCCUGUCCAGAACAUCACUGAUCCCACCCCAGAGGGAAGAAGAGACAAAGAGAGAGGCAUGAAAUGCGUGAACAUAACUAUCCACUGAGUGACAGUAAGUCAUAGAGGAGAAAGUGGGAUGGCUGACACUUUACAAUGCAGUUAGAGUAACACAAAAUAACCCUGCACCUAUUUGAAUAAAAGCACCGUUAAUGAAUGAGAAACAUGAUUAUGAAACUAGAAAACAACUAGCAGCUCGAAAGUUGCUUUGUGUUAACCUCAGCAGGCAGUGUUGGCUAUUCCACCUCCUCCUCCACGACUUGCAGUCAGGACCCAGUUGAGGGGCCAGUGUGACGCAUUUGGCCUUCCCUACAGAUGCACUGUGUCUCCAUGAUCCCAGGUCCUCUCAUAGAGUCACACCAGGCUCCCCAUUGCACUGAUCCAAAAUCAGUGAUGGUCUUUAUCUCUCUAAUCCCAAAUCAAUGUUGGUAUUUAUCUCUUUGAUCCUAAAUCAAUGAUGGCCUUUAUCUCACUGAUCCCACAUCAGCGGUGGUCUUCAUCACACUGAUCUGGAAUCAGUGAUUGUUUUCAUCACAAUGAUCGGGAACAAGUGGCAGUUUUCACCCCACUGUUCUGGGAUCGGCUAUGACUAUUCUAAUCCAGCCUCACUAGUACUUAUCUAAAUCAAUGAAGCUCCCCCUUGCUCUGUUCUCUGGGAUUUUCCCAUUGUUCCUUUCGCCCAUGAAAGUUUGUUGGCUUGUUUUACUGUUUGAAGUAAACUUGGAAUAAAUAAAUUGAAGUCUGAA